UUUUUUUUUAGCACAAUCCGUUUCGGACACUGAUGAGAAACGGCUGCGCAAAUGUGGCCCGUGGGCCAAAUCAAAAGCAAUUCCGGUCUCGAAACGGCCCGCCACGUUGCGACAGAUAUCCAAAUCCGGCCCGGUUGGUAUUCGGCCCAGUAGACACAUUCUCGGCCAGGUUCCGGAUCCCGAAGCCCCUGCGCGGGCUCGCCGGUCGCCGCCACCGCCGCAUCGCCGGCGGGACGGUGGUCGACCUGUCCGCCCAUCCGCUUGCCCGCUUCGCCCUCCUCUUCCAGCUCCCUCUAUCCGCCGGCCUCCUCUUUCCUGGCAUUGGUGGCGACGGUCGCCACAGGCACGUGCGGUGCGUCGGCGCCUUCGCUGUUCGUUUUCGCGGCGGCGGCGCGGGCGAGGCGGGCGGGACACCAUGGCCGUGCGCCUGCGCUGGCCUGGCUCUGGCUGGGUGGCGCCGGCAGAAUGCCUUGGCCUCUGAUGGCUGCGGAAUGCGGAGGCCGGCGGCAGCGCCGCAGCGGCACUACUCUAUUUCUGUAGGACGCAAUUCUGUGGACAGGAUUGCUCAACCAGCUAACUACUUGCAUGCUGUGAGUAUCCCUGGUGGCUGGUGCCAUCAUCCUGUGGGUGCAGGUAAUACCUGUUCAGGAGCUGAAUGCUCGAUGGUGAUGGAGGUUUGGAGGGUUUUAACUUCAUAUCUGGAAAUUAAGUAAACCACUUUUUUCUGUUAGUUUGGUUUGGUUAUAUUCAAUAGUUAAUCUUGUGGAACUGGUGCAAAUCUGUAGAAGAAUUCACUUUUCGAAUUCGCAAAGCUUCUCCCUAGUUCUGUUGACUGAUUAAUGCCUAUAUGUAUUGUGAAAUUACUUAUAAACCUAGUAACCUUAUGUUGCUAAA